CUCUCGAUUCUCUCCUCCCCGCUUGUUUAUCCUAGAGGUAUAUCCCUCCCUCCUUGCAACUAAUGCUCACUCAUAGCUAGCUCAAAACACAGUAAAUUUGAGAGAGAAAGAAAGGCAAUAUGUUGAAACAAGAGAGUAGUGGUGGCGGAGGUGGUGACAACAGGGCUCGUGUAUGUGACACGUGUCGUGCAGCACCUUGCACUGUGUACUGCAGGGCUGACUCGGCAUACUUGUGUGCUGGGUGUGAUGCCCGUGUGCACGCAGCCAAUCGUGUGGCAUCACGCCAUGAGCGCGUAUCGGUGUGCGAGGCGUGUGAGCGUGCUCCGGCUGCCUUGUUAUGCAAGGCAGAUGCGGCGUCUCUCUGCACUGCCUGUGACGCAGAUAUCCAUUCUGCAAACCCACUAGCACGCCGCCACCAGCGUGUUCCAAUUCUGCCCAUUUCCGGUUGCCUUCACGGUUCCCCAGUAGGGCCUGCAGCCGGUGAGACUGAAGACCGGUUCACGACACAAGAGGGAGAAGAAACAAUAAGUGAGGAGGAGGAGGAUGAAGCUGCUUCUUGGUUGUUACUAAAUCCUGUGAAGAACAGCAAGAACCAGAAUAAUAAUGGCUUCUUGUUUGGUGGGGAGGUUGAUGAGUAUUUGGAUCUUGUGGAGUACAACUCAUGUACUGAAAAUCAAUGCUCUGAUCAGUACAAUCAGCAACACUACUGUGUUCCGCCAAAGAGUUAUGGGGGUGACCGUGCUGUGCCAAUUCAGUAUGGAGAAGGAAAGGAUCAUCAACAGCAACGGCAGUAUCACAAUUUUCAGUUGGGAUUGGAGCAUGAGCCCUCAAAAGCUGCUUACAGCUACAAUGGUUCGAUCAGUCAAAGUGUAUCCAUGUCAUCUAUGGAUGUUGGAGUGGUGCCAGAAUCAACAAUGAGCGAGAUCUCAAUCUCGCAACAUAGACCUCCAAAAGGGACAAUCGAACUUUUCUCCAGCACUGCUAUCCAGAUGCCAUCUCAACUUAGUCCAAUGGAUAGGGAGGCAAGAGUCCUGAGAUACAGAGAGAAAAGGAAGACGAGGAAGUUUGAGAAGACAAUCAGGUAUGCCUCAAGGAAGGCCUAUGCAGAGACCAGACCCCGGAUAAAAGGCCGAUUUGCAAAGAGAAAAGAUGUAGAAGUCGAAGAUGACCAAAUGUUCUCCUCCACACUAAUGGCAGAAACAGGAUAUGGCAUUGUCCCAUCAUUCUGAAUCCAGAGAGAAGGAAGAAGAAGAACAAAAAUCUCCGUAGAUGAGGAUUGUAUUAGUUAUUACUAAUGAUCUAGUACUGAUCAUACUCUUUAUGUUUCUAAAUCUAAUUGGUCUUGAUCAAUGAGAUAUGAUGCCCUUAGUAGUUUCACUAAA